UCCCUCCGCCAGCCGCCACACACAAGGAGAAGAGAUGGCGGCCAGAGGUGGCUUUCAGUCGGCGUCCACCGGUGGCGGUGGCGGUGUAAUGGGUCCUGGACCGCCUGUAUCGGGCGCAGGACCAGGCAUGGGUCCGGGGACUCCUUCUGGAAGGAUGGGACCUUCGCCCGCCUCGCAGAACCACAUGUACCGUUCCCCGAUGCCAGGGCCCGGCUACCCGAGACCAGGCAUGCCUCCAUCCAGCCGCAUGAACCCGCAGGGACCGGCCAUGGGCCCACCAGGGUACGGCGGCAGCCCCGUGUCCCGUCCUGGGAUGCCCGGUGUGAUGGACCCUUCUCGCAAGAGGCCGGCCCCGCAGCAGAUCCAGCAGGUUCAGCAGCAGAGCCGAAACCAGCACACAAAGAAGAAGAAGAUGGCUGAUAAAAUACUACCUCAGAGGAUCAGGGAACUGGUCCCAGAGUCUCAGGCUUACAUGGAUCUACUGGCCUUUGAGAGAAAGCUAGACCAGACCAUCAUGCGCAAGAGGCUGGACAUCCAGGAGGCCCUCAAGAGGCCCAUUAAGCAAAAGAGAAAGCUUCGCAUCUUCAUAUCAAACACCUUUAAUCCAGCAAAACCUGAUGCUGAGGAUGGAGAGGGCACUGUUGCAUCAUGGGAAUUACGUGUGGAGGGGCGUCUGCUGGAAGAUACGGCUGUAUCCAAAUAUGAAGCCACCAAACAGAAAAGGAAGUUCUCCUCCUUCUUCAAGUCUCUGGUGAUCGAGUUGGACAAGGAUCUUUACGGUCCAGAUAAUCACCUUGUUGAGUGGCACAGGACCGCCACAACCCAGGAGACUGAUGGCUUCCAGGUGAAGAGGCCCGGUGAUGUGGGUGUUCGCUGCACUGUCUUGCUCAUGCUGGACUAUCAGCCCCCUCAGUUCAAGCUGGACCCUCGCUUGGCUCGCAUGCUGGGCAUCCACACUCAGACCCGGCCGGUCAUCAUUCAGGCUCUGUGGCAGUAUGUCAAGACCCACAAGUUGCAGGACCCCCACGAGCGAGAGUUCAUCAACUGUGAUAAGUACCUGCAGCAGAUAUUCGAGACCCAGAGGAUGAAGUUCUCUGAGAUCCCACAGCGCUUGCAUGCACUGCUGAUGCCUCCGGAGCCCAUCAUCAUCAACCAUGUGAUCAGCGUGGACCCUAACGACCAAAAGAAGACUGCGUGCUACGACAUCGACGUGGAGGUUGAUGACACACUGAAGACCCAGAUGAACUCAUUUCUGCUAUCCACGGCCAGUCAGCAGGAGAUAGCAGGGCUGGACAACAAGAUCCACGAAACCAUCGAGACCAUCAACCAGCUGAAGACCCAGAGAGAGUUCAUGCUCAGCUUUGCCAGGGACCCUCAGGGCUUCAUCAACGACUGGUUGCAGUCGCAGUGCAGAGACCUCAAGACCAUGACGGACGUUGUGGGCAACCCAGAAGAAGAGAGGCGAGCAGAGUUCUACUACCAGCCAUGGGCUCAGGAGGCCGUCUGCCGCUAUUUCUACUCCAAGGUGCAGCAGAGAAGACAAGAGCUGGAGCAAGCCCUUGGCAUCAGGAACACCUAAUGAACUCCAUGUGACGUUCUGCGACAAGUGAUUAGAGAUGUUGUAGGAUGGCCAUUUAGGAUGACAAGUUUGUUUUCCCUUUUUUUUUUUUUUUUGGUUCACACUUUUGCUUUUUGAGCACAAUGAUUUUUGCAUGUCUUAACGUUACAUUCCUCUCCCAUGUCCACUCACAUUGAACACCCCGCCAAAGUCUGGAAUGUGCAUAAAUGAAAAUGCAGACGAGCAGAUUGUACCCAGCAACAGUUCAUUUAUCCGGUUCUUUACAAAAAAAAACAUUGACUUGACUCGUGCCGAUAUUGUUUGAAAUCGUACUCGAACAUGGUGCCACUCGUUCAAACAUGUAAACACAAGGUGCCAUUGUAGUUCAUUCUAUCUUGAACUAAUAUUUCCCUUUUAAUUUGAGUAACCCUUUUAAUGAACUAUGUAUAGUACUUGUCUUGUUAGCUAGUACAGGAGAUGAUCAAGGAAGUAGCUAGUAUCAGUACCUCUAGUCCAAAUAGGUUUUUUUGUAUAUACUGAGCGGAAGAUGAAGUCAAAUUGUACCUCUUAUCCCAUCAAAUGUUUUUUUUCUAAACUUUUGUCUAAGCUCAGAUAGUAGAAGCUGUAUUUAUAAUAUUAAUAAUAAUCAGCUUUUUGCUCUCCCUAAACACGAAUGCAGCGGUCACUUAGAAAAGGCCGCAGGGAUGAAUCCUUCAUUAAAGUGCAGCGGAGAUGCAAAAAGAGCUGAGGCUUCACUGGCAAAGUCGCGAUGAAGUGAUUAAAUGCUUGUGUUGGGGCGAGUGACUGAUUAGGAAACCACAACACUGGGGAAGUGACUGUAGUAUUAUUUGAAUCUUUUUCAUGGACCAAACCUAUUUUUGUGUAUGUUCUUGUCAUAAUAAAGGAUAUGUAAUGAUA